AUGGCAAUGUGCAUUAUUUUAGGUCAAUAUGAAUUUCGGACUAUGGUGCAUCUAGACGUAAUAACAUUUCUGAAAAACCUCACACGAACGCCAUUCAUCGAUCAGUUUCUCAUGGACAAUGAAGGCCCGGAAUACGACCUGAUACCAAUGAUGGGGGUCGGACGUGAAUUCGAUCAGAAUGGUAUCGUUGUUUGUCAAAUAAAUACCGAGAUUCAUAGAGGUCAUGCGAACCAUAAGGAGCGGUUCGCUGACGUGUUCCGACAACUGCUCGCUGAUCGACGAUAUGCAAUCUUCAAAGUGGUCACUACCGGCCACCACCGAACGUUCUUAGUUAAUUUCGAACGCAGGGAAUGUGUUGAAAAAUACGUUUUGCAAUUUUUCAAGUAG